GCGUGACGGCUCGCGCCGCGUGUGGAGUCUUCUCAGCUCGGCGGGCACGCGUGGGGGGUUCGAGGGGCGUUCUGCCAUGUCGUGGCUCUUUGGCGUCAACAAGGGACCCAAGGGCGAGAGUCCUGGGUCCGUGCUUCCCCUGCCGCCCUCUGUGGGAGGGGACGGCAGCGGGGACCGGGCGGGAGGUGGCGGGGACCGACCCACGCCCAAGGACAAAUGGAGCAACUUCGAUCCCACGGGCCUGGAGCGCGCGGCCAAAGCGGCGCGCGAGCUCGAGCAUUCGCGCCAUGCCAAAGAUGCUCUCAGUCUUGCACAGAUGCAGGAACAGACCUUGCAGCUGGAGCAGCAAUCAAAGGUUAAAGAAUAUGAAGCUGCUGUGGAGCAGCUGAAGAAUGAGCAGAUUCGGAUCCAAGCGGAAGAGAGAAGGAAGACACUAAAUGAAGAAACAAGGCAGCACCAGGCGAGAGCUCAGUAUCAGGACAAGUUGGCUCGACAGCGCUAUGAUGACCAGCUCAGACAGCAGCAACUUCUCAAUGAAGAGAACUUGAGGAAGCAGGAGGAAUCUGUGCAGAAGCAAGAGGCGAUUAGGAGAGCUACUGUGGAACGGGAAAUGGAAUUGAGGCAUAAGAAUGAGAUGCUGCGUAUAGAAGCAGAGACCCGUGCACGCGCCAAAGCAGAGAGAGAGAACGCGGACAUCAUCAGGGAGCAGAUCCGCUUAAAAGCUGCCGAGCACCGCCAGACCAUUCUGGAAUCCCUCAAGACAGCUGGUACUCUGUUUGGUGAAGGAUUUCGGGCCUUUGUAACAGACUGGGACAAAGUUACAGCUACGGUGGCUGGAUUGACGCUGCUAGCCGUUGGUGUUUACACAGCUAAGAACGCUACAGCAGUCGCUGGUCGCUACAUCGAAGCGCGGUUAGGAAAGCCCUCCUUGGUGAGAGAAACCUCACGAAUUACAGUGUUGGAGGCCCUGAAGCAUCCAAUCAAGGUUGGCAGGCGUCUGGCAAGUAAGCCUCAGGAUGCUCUGGAAGGAGUUGUUCUCAGUCCAAAACUGGAGGAACGGGUCAGGGACAUCGCCAUAGCAACAAGAAACACCAAAAAGAACAAAAGCUUGUACAGGAAUAUCCUCAUGUAUGGACCCCCUGGCACGGGGAAAACACUUUUUGCUAAGAAGUUAGCCAUGCAUUCGGGUAUGGACUAUGCCAUCAUGACUGGUGGUGAUGUUGCCCCCAUGGGGCGAGAAGGGGUGACUGCCAUGCACAAGGUCUUUGACUGGGCCAACACCAGCCGCAGAGGCCUCUUGCUAUUUGUUGAUGAAGCUGAUGCCUUCCUCAGAAAACGGGCCACAGAGAAAAUAAGUGAAGACCUUCGGGCAACACUGAAUGCAUUCCUUCAUCGGACAGGCCAGCACAGCAACAAGUUUAUGCUGGUUUUAGCAAGUAACCAACCGGAGCAGUUUGACUGGGCCAUCAAUGACCGAAUAGAUGAAAUGGUCAACUUUGACCUGCCUCAACUUCCAGAACGGGAGCGCCUGGUGAGGAUGUACUUUGAUAAGUUUGUUCUGAAGCCAGCCACGGAAGGGAAGCAGCGCCUGAAGCUGGCCCAGUUUGACUAUGGGAAAAAGUGCUCAGAAAUUGCAAAGCUGACUGAAGGCAUGUCGGGCCGAGAGAUUUCACAGCUCGCCGUUGCCUGGCAGGCCUUGGCUUACGCCUCAGAGGACGGCGUGCUCACGGAGGCCAUGAUUGAUGCCCGCGUGAAGGAUGCCAUCCAGCAGCACCAGCAGAAGAUGGAGUGGUUGAAAACGGAGGGCGUGGAGGGCAGCAAGAGCCAGCCCCUCCCUUUCUUCAAGGAGAGCCUGGUAUAGGCCGGAGCCCCGGGACACGGGCCGAGAGCGCCAAGGAGGCGAAUCACGCCGGGCCGGGCCUGGGCCGAGCCUGUGCCCCUUCCCCCUUCCCUGGGAGGCUUUUUAAAUAGUCCCUGAGAGCCCCUCGAGGCACAUCAUGGCAAGAGCCACAUUAAAGGGUCUACCUGGGCCAGGGUCUUUCCCACAAGUGCCAAGGCUGAAACCUCUUAGCAGCCCGAGGGCCCCGAGCUGGAGCCGGCCACGUGCCUGCCUUGCCCACGGGCCUUCCACCAAGGAAAAGACCUCGGGGCCUCCGCUCAGGCAGUUUCCUCCCUCAAAUCUAGCCAAGGCUGCCCUGCUGCCUUCGUGUGCCCAGCUGAGGAGAAAGAAAGGGCAUCCAGAUGGCACGGCCCUCACCUUGUAUGGGCGACCUGGUGCCUGGGAGGGCCCACAGACAGUCGCCAGCACAUUAAAAAGAUUAGACCUCA